AUGAUGACAGUGGAUUCAUUUACAGAAACUGGUUUUCAGUCAAAUGAUUUGAUCACGCAAAUGGCAGAGUUAGAGGGUGGAUUACAUGCUUUAUUAGAGAAAGUCAAGGGAGAUUCACAAAUGACCAAGGAUAUAUCAACAUUUUUAAAGAAGAGGGCAUUUUUAGAGGAAAGUUAUGGUAGAGACAUGGUAAAAGUGGCUCAGGCAACGGCGGAAGCAUUUGACAAGACACAUCCAAAAUCAGGUACUUUUGGUGAUGUUUGGAUCUCCAUGCUCAAGGUCCAUGAAAAUAUCGGCAACCAACGCAUCAAAUUUGCUGCCUCCAUUUCCGAUUCGGCAGAGGAUUUAUUGUCCUUGGGUCGAAAUAUCGAAAAGGAUCGAAAGAAGAUUAAAGAUGCUGGUAUGCAUUAUGAAAAAUUAGUAUCCGACUCGGAUUUACUAUUAGAAAAAAGUAAGCAAAAGUUUGAAAACACAAAUGAGGAAUGGGGAAGAGCUGUGUCACAAAGAAAUCAAGAACCAACACAGCCUGCUAAAAAGAAUCUAUUUCGAUCUAGUAGAACUCCCGCACAGCUUGAUAAGACUGAAGUGGAAUGUAGAAAUAAAAUGGAUGCCGCAGAUGCUCAAUACAAGACACAGCAGAAAAAGACGAUUCAAACUCAUGCAGAGUACUAUGAAUCUCAUUUACCCAAAGUACUCAAGGACCUAAAAGCAGUGGAUGAUGAAUGCAGUGUUGCUCUACGAUACCAAUUAGCUAGUUACGCAUAUACCUACGAACAAGCCUUGACGGAAGAUGGCCUGGCUUUAGAUAACGAUCAGGGAAACGGAUUAAGAGGAUUGAUCACCAAAAUAGACAAGGAUGCCGAUUGGGUUGAAUUUGUUAGACUAUGUACAGAACGAAGUGGAAAAAUUCAAAAGAAUGAAAUCAUUCCACAGGAAAAUAUGUUACCUACCAACGCAAAUUACAGUAAUAAUAGAGUGUUUGGCGUAAGUUUAGAGCAACAAGCCGAUAUGUCUGAAGACAUGGUGCCUGAUAUUUUAAAGCGGUGUGCGACCGUCGUGGAGCAAUACGCUUUAAGCUCCGUCGGCAUUUACCGUAUCUCUGGAAUAAGCAGUAGGAUUCAAAAGAUCAAAUCCAAGUUUGAAAGUGGCGAUCCCAAUCCCAUUUCUGAAGAGGAUCUGUCAGACAUAAACAAUGUUACGGGUGUACUUAAACUCUGGUUUAGAGAAUUACCAGACCCGUUAUUCCCUUCUGCUUCUUAUCAUCAAUUCUUGGAGGCAGCUAAAUUGCCAGAUGAUCGAACGAGAGUCAUUGGUUUACAUACGGUUAUCAAUGAGCUAUCCGAUGCUCAUUAUGCCACAUUAAAAUUCCUGAUGUGCCAUCUUUACAAGGUGCAAUCUUACCAACGCUUCAACAAGAUGGGUGCCGCUAAUCUAGCAACCAUUUUUGGUCUUACAUUGAUGAGUAGCGAAUCAGGAUCACAAGCACAAAUGAUUGCUGUGCAUGACAACCAACGUAUCGCAGAAUCACAGCUUCAAGCCAAGGUCGUUCAAACUAUCUUGGAGAAUUACGCUGAAAUCUUUGAAGAUGAAUAA